GUCAUGCAAGCUCAAGUUAGUCUAAUUUCCUUAAUUUCCUUUCAUCAUGAAGUCUGUAAGCCUAGCAGUAUCAGCAAUGGCUACUGUUAUGAUGCUUCUUUUACUUACUACUUCAGUUUCAGAGGCUGCUAUUUCGUGCAGCGAUGUGAUCAAAGACUUGAGACCUUGUGUCAAUUACUUGGUUAAUGGAACUGGGACUCCCCCUGCAGCUUGCUGUGCAGGAGCCUCAGCUCUUGCAUCUGCUGCUACAACAACUGCUGAUAAAAGGGCUGCUUGUGCCUGCAUCAAGACAGCUGCACAACAAUUAAAUCCAAAUGCUCAGUUAGCCCAAGCUCUUCCAGCCAAUUGUGGGAUCAGCUUGCCCUACACUAUUUCACCGAACUUCGAUUGUUCCAAGGUUAGUUGAAAAUUGAAGAAAUCCAAUGUCUUUGUGUGCAAUACAUCUUGGGUUUCAAGCCAAGAGUGAGAACAAUUCUACUUCAUUAGUAUAUAUAUACUUUUAUGGAAAGCUUAUGCUUUUGCUAUGUUUGAUGUAAUAUUUAAAGCUCAAGUGUCUACUAGGACACUUCCAUUAAAUAAAGCUUAAUAAAGUUUGCUUGAGUUA